AUGUCAGAAACUACCAACAAACCAUCGGACUUUGCACUACCAGAUGUUAAAGAUUUGAAACCAUUGGAUUCAGAAGCAGAAACUGCUAAAAGAUUAGCAGCCUAUAGGGCAGUUGAUAAAAAUAUUGAUUUUGAAAAUCAUAGAAUAAUCGGGAUUGGUAGCGGUAGUACCGUUGUUUAUGUUGCGGAAAGAUUAGGCCAAUAUUUACUUGACCCUAAAUAUAAACCAUUUGUGGAAAAAUUCAUUUGUAUCCCAACUGGAUUCCAAUCAAUUCAAUUGAUUCUUGAUAAUGGGUUACAAUUGGGUUCUAUUGAACGUAACCCUGUGAUUGAUAUUGCAUUCGAUGGCGCUGAUGAAGUUGAUACAAAUUUACAAUUGAUUAAGGGUGGUGGUGCUUGUUUGUUCCAAGAAAAAUUAGUUAGUACAAGUUCUAAAAAAUUCAUUAUUGUAGCUGAUUAUAGAAAAUGGUCUCCUACAUCUCUUGGUGUCAAAUGGACAAGAGGUGUUCCAUUAGAAGUAGUUCCAUCUGCUUAUGUCCGUGUCAAAUCAGAUUUGAUUAAUAAAUUGAAUUGUAAAAAAGUUGUUUUAAGACAAGGUGGUUCAGCAAAGGCUGGGCCAGUUGUUACUGAUAAUAAUAACUUCAUAUUGGACGCAGAUUUUGGUCCUAUUAAAGACCCAAAGAGUUUGCACGUUCAAUUGAAAUUGCUACUAGGUAUCGUAGAAACAGGGUUAUUCAUUGAUAACGCUGAUAUUGCGUAUAUUGGUAAUUCAGAUGGAACUGUUUUGAUUGCACCAAAGUCAUGA